AUGCCCGCCAUGACACGUCACAGGAGUUCGGAAUUGCUCUCGCCAGCAAAUUAUGAUGAUGAUGCGGCCUCCUUACGAUCGCCUUCCGAACAAGACUCCGACUCUGAAGAUGACGAGUUCCUCCGCCAUCCCCGCAGCACCCUGGAGCUCGCCAACCACGAUCGCGCCGUGCUCGACGAUGAAGAUGAACUUGAGAAACUCUUAACAAGACGAGGACCAGCUCAUGGUCUGCGCAGGAUGUUCAGUCCCAACGGAAGUAGCGUGCGCAUUGGGAGAAAGGAGAGGCGCCGGGCGCGAAAGGAAGCUCGACUUUCGCGCCGGGAGAGAGUUAGUGAGGAAGGAGAGUUGAUGUAUGAGAUGGAAGAAGGAUUGGGGGAUGAUGAGUCGCUGUUGAGCGAAUCAUCGAUGGAAUCAGAGGUAGAUGACUUUAUUUAUGACCCGCCAUCUAAACCUUCCUUUUUGCGAUACCUAUUCAUCUUCACCCUAAUAUCUGUACUCUUCCUUAUCCUCGCUCUCGGUGCAUACAAGGCCUCUAGUGGUUUCCGAGCUUCACAAGUUCUCUCGACACCACUCCUGUCCAACGGCACGGCUCUGUUUGCGCCUACGACCAUUCUUAUAUCCCUGGAUGGAUUUCGAGCGGACUUCCUCGACCGUGGUAUAACACCGGCUCUGAGCUCCCUCAUCGCUGAUGGAGUUUCUCCGCAAUACAUGAACCCCAGCUUCCCUAGUGUGACUUUCCCGAAUCAUUUUACACUGGUGACGGGCCUAUACCCUGAGAGCCAUGGAAUAGUCGGAAAUACAUUUUGGGACCCGGCCCUACAGGAGGAGUUUUUCUAUACACACCCUGCAGUCAGCAUGCUGCCUAAAUGGUGGAAUGCUGAGCCUCUAUGGGUAACAGCAGAGAAGAUGGGUGUCAGAUCGGCUAUUCACAUGUGGCCUGGAUCUGAAGCUCAUAUUGCCAUCCCAGAGCCCGCUUAUAUUGAUAAAUACAACGGGUCUGAGGCAUUAAUCAGGAAGGUGAACCGCGUGCUGGAACUUCUGGACCUACCUGGCGCAGAGGACGAGUCCCAAGUCUCGCCAGAGCGACCGCAGUUCAUCGCGGCUUACGUGCCUGAUGUGGACCGAGAUGGUCACAACUUCGGACCCAACAGCACUGAAGUCCGCAGCACGAUUUCUUAUGCGGAUGAGAUGGUCGGCGGCAUUCUUGCUGGUCUCAAAAGCCGCAAUCUCACCGAUGUAGUGAACAUUGUAGUGGUUUCCGACCACGGCAUGGCAACCACUUCGAACGAGCGUCUGGUGCAGCUAGACGAUAUCAUCGAUAUGGAUCUUAUUGACCACCUGGAUGGAUGGCCCUCCCGCGGUAUUCGCCCCAAGCAACUAGAAGAUCUAGCAACUCUACAAGCACAAUUAGAAAAGGCUGCACCUGAUUAUGAACACGCCUUUGAGUUUUACACCCGAGAAACGAUGCCGGAGCGAUAUCAUUUCUCAAAGAAUGAUCGUAUUGCCCCCUUGUGGGUGAUUCCCAAGACUGGGUGGGCGAUCGUUGAACGGCCUGAGUUUGAUGCGAAGGAGGCUCUGAAGACGGGUGAAGUCUAUCACCCCAAGGGUAUUCACGGCUACGAUCAUGAGCACCCUCUGAUGCGCGCCAUCUUCAUCGCUCGAGGCCCAGCUUUUCCACACGCCCCCAACAGCCGCCUUGAACCUUUCCAAAACAUUGAAGUAUACAAUAUGAUUUGUGACUCGCUGGGAAUUAAUCCAUUGCCUAACAAUGGAACACUCCGACUCCCCCUCCACCCAGUUGGGCUCCAUACGGACGAGAAUACACCCCCUGUGGAACACCCCUCUGACCCACCACAGCCCACACCAGCUGCGACUAUUCCCCCGCAACCAACGAGUCCAGCAUCCGAGGCCCCGACUGAGUCAAAAACUGUGUCUGAUCCCGGUAGUAAGAAUGAACAAGGGUCAAGCUGGUGGAGCAGUCUGGGCGACAAACUAGAUGAAUUGAAGCAGUGGGCGGGGGAGUUGUUCUCGGCAGAAAAGGACAAUCAUCCACAGGAUGCAUAG